AUGUUUCCAAGCAACAAAGACAUUUACCUUGCUCGAACCAUGCAAGAUGCGAUUAACAUGUUCGUUACUUGCUUCGGAAAGGAAGACACUAUGGAAGAUGGACAAUCAUCACUCUCUCCUCCAACGAUGGUUCAACAAGUUUCCCAUGACCAUGUCGUUGGAAGUAUUAGUUCCACGUCUUCUUCCGCUGAUCACAAUCAUGAACAGUCAUUGUUUUGGAGAGAAUUUGUGAUUGUCAGUCACAAGACCAUGAAUUCAAACUUGAUGUGGAAAAAUUUAAUUAUGAUUUCCUUGUUUUUAAAUGAUGAUGGAGAUGAACAAGAAUUAUUGACGAAGGCAAUUUCAACAAUUACUGUAAAAUCCAUUCCUUUUAUGGGCAAUUUUAAAUAUUCUUUUUUAAUACCCAUUCCAGAAAAUAAUUCAUUCUAUGCAACUUUGAGAGAGAAAAUUAAUGAUAUUAACAAGACACAACCCCAACAUGUGGAAGUAACCACUGCCAUGUAUGUCACCAAGACCAUGUAUUGUCAAUCGUUAUUAGGCAAAGAUCGUGAAAUUGCGAUUCCUUCCAUUGUUUCACAUUUCGAAUUUUUAGACAAGUCCUUCAACAUGGAACGCUAUCUCAACAACGUCAAGCUGUACAGUGAAACUCACAAAAUAGCAUAUGGAGAUUUACCGAAUGAAAGAGAUGUCAAAUUUUAUCAAACUGCAAAAUUCAUCAUUCCAGCACGAAAUCAAAAUGGUGAAGAGAAUGAGAAAUUCGCAGAACGAUUACUUGUUCAUCCAAUAGCCACCAAUGACUCACAAAAUGCUCCAGUUUCGUGUUGUGCCAUGUUUUACGAUAGAAAAGCCAAAAGUGCCUUCUUGCAUGACGUGACUGUUCGUCCUCAAUUUCGACAGCAAGGAUUAGCUCAAUACAUGACUAAAAUUAUGAUGGAAAGAGCAUUCUUUGAGUAUGGAAUGGAGAGUGUGACCUUGACAGCAGUUGGAUCAGCGAAAGAUAUUUAUCAUCGAAAAUUUGGAUUUGAAGAAUGUGGAUUGGUGGAAUAUAUUAACAAGGCAAAUGAGUAA